UUUUUUAAGAAAGUAAUCAAAGGUUUGACCUAUAGAAAGAGAUUAAUCUUGAUCAAAGAUAUACGUAGCAAAAAAAUAGUUUAUUGUUAUGGUUCUUCACUUCUUCUCUCUUAUAAAUAGCAUAGAGUAGCAGCUCAAACUUCAAAGAGGUGUUAAGAAAACAAAUCAAAAAAAGAUGUCAGGGCCUCAGUGCUGUUCAAAUCCACCCAGCCUGAACCCCAGUGGAGGAGGUGGGCAUGUCAAUAAAGUGGGUGGUGUCGAUUCCUAUUUCAGUGGCUCUUCUCACUCUAAACUCGCCCUUCUUAUGCUCUCCGAUGUCUUUGGUUAUGAAGCACCAAAUUUAAGGAAGCUUGCUGACAAAGUUGCAGCUGCUGGGUAUUAUGUGGUUGUUCCCGACCUCUUGGAUGGUGAACCCUUUAAUUAUCAGAAUUCUAACAGACCCUUACCUGUGUGGCUAAAAGAUCAUGGACCGGACAAAGGUUCUGAAGCUACAAAACCCAUAAUUGAGGCCUUGAAAAGUAAAGGUGUUUCUGUUAUUGCCGCUGUUGGUUUUUGUUGGGGUGCAAAGGUUGUGGUUGAACUUGUAAAGUCCAAACUUAUACAAACUGCUGUGCUAAUGCAUCCAUCGUUUGUCUCUCUGGACGACAUCAAGGCUGUUGAUAUUCCAAUUGCUAUACUCGGAGCUGAGAUUGACCAAUAUUCUCCUCCCGAGCUUGUGAAACAAUUUGAACAAGUCCUAGCUGCUAAAGCUGGGGUUGCUAGUUUUGUUAAAAUAUUUCCCAAAAUUUCACACGGUUGGGCUGUGAGAUACAACGCUGAAGAUGCAGAAGCUGUGAAGGUUGCAGAGGAGGCUCACCGGGACAUGUUGGACUGGCUUGCUAAACAUCACAAGUGAGAAAUCUUGCUCUGUUAAGAUUGUACAAUGGAGUGCUAGAGUGGAUAAUAUAAAAUGCUACUCAAUCCACGUAGCUGUAGUUUGCAAGAAAAUAAAUGUUGCAUUAUUAUUGGACAUGAAUCUUAUUGCUAAAUCAUGGUAAUAAUGUUGCUUUCGGUGAUUUGAGUUUGUUGGACAGUUGUCAUUUGAGAUCUAAAAUCUUAAUAAAUCAUAUCUUAAGACCUUUAUGUAAAA